UUGUCAGCUAGGAUUACGAUUAUUCUUGCGCGCAUUAUUUAAAAAAAUAUGUGCUAACAACACUGAGCUUUUAUAUGUCUAGAUUCAAGUUAAAAAGAUAAGUAAAUAUAAUAACUUUUAAUAAAAGCUUUCAAGCAUUAAAUAUUGAAAUGAAAGAAAAUCCUGCAAAGAAACGUGAUAUCAGGCCGUUCAUUUAUGGUGGUUUAGCAUCAAUAACAGCAGAAUUUGGCACAUUUCCAAUAGAUACUACAAAGACCCGCCUACAAAUUCAAGGCCAGAAAAUUGAUCAAACAUUUGCAAAAUUACGUUAUAAUGGAAUGACAGAUGCUUUUAUAAAAAUUACCAAAGAGGAAGGUUUAAAAGCGUUAUAUUCGGGUAUAUGGCCGGCUGUUCUGAGACAAGCUCUUUAUGGCACUAUAAAAUUUGGCACCUAUUAUAGCUUGAAAAGUUUCGCCAACGACUAUGGGCUCUUAAUAAAUCCCAAAACGGGUUCCGAAAGAAUAUGGAGCAAUAUUUUAUGCGCAGCGUCCGCGGGCGCUAUAUCUUCAGCUAUAGCUAAUCCUACUGAUGUCUUGAAAGUACGAAUGCAAGUUCAUGGCAAAGGUAAUCAACAGAAAAGCUUAUGGAGUUGUUUUCAUGAAAUCUACAAAUAUGAAGGCAUUCAUGGACUGUGGCGAGGGGUCGGGCCUACAGCACAAAGGGCAAUCGCCAUAGCUUCAGUCGAACUGCCUGUAUAUGAUUUUUGUAAAUCGCAAUUAAUGUGUUAUUUCGGGGACCACGUAGCGAAUCAUUUUGUUUCCAGUUCUAUAGCUAGUUUAGGAAGUGCUAUAGCCUCUACACCAAUCGAUGUGAUACGGACAAGAUUAAUGAAUCAAAGACGUAUAACCGUAGUGAAUGGCAUGGCCACAGCUACGACGCAGAAAAUAUAUACUGGUAGCUUAGAUUGCGUUGUCCAGACAGUGCGCAAUGAAGGCAUUUUAGCUUUAUACAAAGGCUUUAUACCUACUUGGGUGCGUAUGGGCCCUUGGAACAUAAUUUUCUUUAUCACUUACGAACAGUUAAAAAAAUAUUAAUUUAUUAUAUUUAUUUAGAGCAAAUUUUUCUCAGUUAUAUGUAACCAAAAACAAAAACCAAAACUCAAGUUGAAGGCAUACAUAACUAUAAACUAAGCUAUUAUAAUAUAAACAAAUGAAAUAUUACCGAAAUUUUGUUAGUACUUUUUUUAUUUUCGAAAUUUAAAUUUUAA